AAGGGCGAAGACUAAUAACUCCGAUGAUUUUGAUCCCCUAUCACACCCUUCAGGUUUCUCAAAUGCUGAUCAUGACAGGAUUCGUUCACGAUUGCGUGCUUGCCUUUGCCUUUGCCUUUCCCGAGUCCAGCUCAUUUAACUCGCCGCUCUUAACUCUUAAACUUGUCCAUCGUUCUAACGUUUCCAGAUCACGAGUCCGUAUCGCAAACAAAUGAGCAGGACAACACUCCGAAUCAAGCCAAUGGCUGCUGCUUCUUCGACUUCCCCAGUUUCUUCAUCCUUCCCAGUAACUCUGCUGCUUCUUCUUCUUCUUCUAUCUACACAGGAUUGCCCCACUUUUGCAGUCUCUCGCUCAACUGCUGCGUUUCUUCCUGGGUUUCAAGGGCCCCUUCCUUUCCAUCUUGAAACUGGGUAUGUGGGAGUUGGAGAAUCAGAGGGUGUGCAGCUUUUCUACUACUUCGUCAAGUCAGAGCGAAAUCCCAGACAAGACCCUCUGAUUCUCUGGCUAACCGGGGGCCCUGGUUGCUCGGCUUUAUCUUCCCUUCUCUUUGAAAUAGGUUCGCUUCAUUUUCGGAUGGAGGAAUAUAACGGUACUCUGCCUACACUUGUUUUAAAUCCAGACUCAUGGACCAAGGUUUCCAGCAUAAUUUUUGUAGAUUUACCUGCUCAUACUGGAUUCUCCUAUACAACAUUCCCCAUUGCUCCUCAGCGGAGUGACUCUAAACAAAUCCAACAUGCCGUUCAAUUCUUAAAUAAGUGGUUGACUUUUCACCCGGAAUUCCACUCGAACCCAAUGUACAUUGGCGGGGACUCAUAUUCUGGAAUGAUUGUCCCUGCAGUUGCCCUUGAAAUCUCCAAAGGAAUAAAUUUCGCACAUAUUUUGGAACCCACAUGUUUCUUUGCUUCCCCAAAACCACAGAAGUUCUCUGACAGGAGAUCUCUCGAUGGAAUGCCUGUAUCCUUGCUCGCCUCAGACCCUCAACCAUCACUUCCUCCUAUAGCAUGCCGAAAUUACCAAGGUUUGCUAUCUCAGUAUUGGGCAAAUGAUGGUUCUGUUCACAAGGCCCUUGGCAUCCGUCAGGGAAGCAUAGGGAAAUGGGUGCGAUGUAUUAAGACACCUUAUACCAAAGAAAUUGAAAGCAGUGUUCCAUUUCAUGCGAGCUUGAGUGCUAAAGGUUACCGUGCGCUCAUAUACAGUGGAGAUCAUGACUUGGUUGUCCCGUUUCUGGGAACUCAAGCGUGGAUAAGAUCUUUAAAUUACUCCGUUUUAGAUGAGUGGAGGCCAUGGUUAGUCAAAGGCCAGGUCGCUGGUUACACAAGGACAUAUUCAAAUGAGAUGACGUAUGCGACUGUCAAGGGUGGAGGGCACACUGCUCCGGAGCAACCUGAAGAAUGCUUUGCAAUGUUUGAGAGGUGGAUUUCUCAUAAACCAUUAUAAUUUUGAAGUAUUGAUCUGCUGAAAGUUCAAGCUUCUCGAUCGCCCAUCUUUUAAUCAAGCAAUCCCAUUUGAAGGAUGAAAUCAGAUGCUAGUAUAUCAGUCUGUCAGUUAAUUUGAAAGUCCCUAAAUUAUUGAACAGCUUUGUGUUUGUUUAUCUUUCUUUUCUGCAAAAAUUGAUUUUCCACCAUCUUCUCUAUUUAAAUAAAUCAUUUGACAUUCUGACUUCUAAUAA